UUCCUCCAUCGCCCAAUGUCUCAGUCGUGCUCUCUCCACCAAAAUCACCUCCAGCCAUCACUGUCUCCCUCCAGCAGUACUCCGGCCGCCAUACCCUCUGCAUCUCGUUCGAUCUCCUCUCCUCAGCCGAUUGGGGUGUUCUAUUUGCUCUUGCAAAAGCAGAUGUGGCCAGGCAAUUCUCAGAAUAUCCGCUUCUCAGACAGACAAAGAGAGUUUGAUCCACGCGUGAGCAUGGAAAAUCCAGAGAGUAUACAGAGUAUAUCAAUUCUAUGGAGGGGGAAGAAGUUUACCAUAGAAAUGAGUUCAGGUGCUACUCUUAAGGAGCUUGGGCUCAAACUGCAAAAAUUGACAGAUGUCAAAGCGGAUACCAUGCGGCUGAUUGUUCCAAAAUCUUCCAACAAAACAUCGAAGCUGCUGUCUCCUUUCUCUGAUGAGCAGGCAUUCUUAAGUUUGGAUGAAACUUCCAUUACAAAGGGCAAGUCAAUCAGAAUGAUGGGAGUGCCUGAGACGGAGGUUGAUGAAGUUCUACAAAGUGCAAAAGCCAACUUGAGGAUAGCUGGAUUUGAAGAAGAGGAAAAGAGACUGAGGCAGCGCAGGUCUCAUGGGCCUCAUGCUUCACUGAAGCUUCCACAAGGACCUUAUAUCUUUUGUGAUUUUCGCACACUUGAGCUCCCAGGAGUAGAGUUGAAUCCUCCAGCUUCAGAGGCAUUAAAAAGAAUGCACAUGCUUGCCGCAGAUCCUGGAAUUAUUGCUAUUAUGAACAAGUAUCGUUGGCGCAUAGGUAUUAUGACCGAGAUGGCCCCCGUUGGUUAUGUUGGCAUAAGUCCCAAAUGCAUUCUCGGUUUUAACAAGAAUCAUGGAGAGGAGAUAUCUCUGCGUCUUAGGACUGAUGACCUUAAGGGCUUCAGGAAGUAUGAAAGCAUCAAGAAAACCCUUUUGCAUGAACUUGCUCACAUGGUAUACUCUGAACAUGAUGCAAACUUUUAUGCUCUGGAUAAUCAGUUAAACCAAGAAGCUGCUAGUUUAGAUUGGACAAGAUCAAGUAGUCAUACGUUAAAUGGAGUUCGGAAUUCAGAACAUUAUGAGGAGGACUUUAUUGGAGACGGUAGUAAUUCUCCUAAGAAGCUUGGAGGGAGCACAUCAGAUCAGCUUGCAAGCGCUCGUGCAUCUUCAGUUGCUGCUGCCUAUCGCCGUUUAGAAAAUGCUUCUGUGAACAGCUUGGUAGGAUCUGUGGUUAAUGAAGAACCCGACCCUGAUGAUUCUGGGUUCAAUACACAUGAAGAACCUGCUUCUAUGGAUUUGAUAGAAAAAGAAAACUUGGAUAUUCAGAGUCCAAAUGAAGCAGAGAGAAAACCUGUUUAUGAGCCUGAUCCUGAUGAUCAUUCUGGCAACCAAAACAAGCUUGAGCCUGAUCCUGAUGAUUCUCAGGGUGGUGGAACUGUGGAGUCCAAAUUUUAUCCAGAAUUUACUGGAAGCAGGACUAUACUUGGACAAGAUUUCAGUAACUCUGGGCCGACACAACUCUUGCUGCCUUCAGAAACUAAUAGGAAGUUGGGAAUCACAAAGUUGCAUGAAGAACCUGAUCCUGAUGAGUCUCAGAAGAUGGAGAUUCUGGACGGUGAAAUUCAAACAAUGAAAAACAUUGAAGAACCUGAUCCUGAUGACUCUCAAGCAAAUGGAGUUUUUCAGACAGAGCCUGAUCCUGAUGAUAAUUUGGUACACCCACUGGGAGUAUCUAGAACACAAAUCUAUGAACCCGAUCCAGAUGAUCAAGAACUACAAAGAAUCCAUGAUCCUGUUACAGUUGUUUGUAGUCGUCUACAAAAGGCCAUUGAGAUGCUGCGAGUUGAAGUUACUCCUAUGGAAGCUACUGCAGUCCUACAAACUCUGUUUAAGAUAAUUAGGAACGUGAUCGAACACCCGGAUGAGAUGAAAUACAGAAGACUCCGUAAGGCUAAUCCCAUAAUCCAAAGGAAUGUUGCAAAUUAUCAAGCUGCAAUGGCGAUUCUUUCUUUGGUUGGUUUCAAUGAAGACGUGGUUUUGGACGAGAUUGGGAAAGCAGAAACUUAUCUGGUUUUGAAGCGGAAUGAUCCAGGCUUAUUGUGGCUUGCAAAGUCUUCCCUUGAAACUUGCAUUGCUUACUAGUAGCAGUAGGUUGAGAAGCAUUAUCAAUACCCUAACGGUGCCAUAUAUAGAUUGUUUAUACUUAAUGAAAUACAGGAUUGUAUGUUUGGUGUUGUAAUGUGUCAAGUAAAGUUUGUAGAUAAAAGGAUUGUUUUGGGAGUCCAAUUGCUGGUAUGGUUGCUGCAUUACUGUCAAUAUAUCUAUGGAAGCUCUUGACAUUUAUACAGAAAUCAAUGUUAUAAACUUAAUGGAUAAGUGAUUGUAAGUUUUAUUUGGAAUA